AUGAAUUACUUUAAACUAAAAUUGUGUAUAGAUGAUUAAUAAUAAUUGGACAAGGCUAUUCAACUAAUAAAUAAGAUAAGAAUUCAAUUCAAUUAAUAAUUAAAUGAUUUAGAAAAAUUGAUUUAUGAAAAAAUACAUCUCUUACAUGAAAAUGAAAUAUUUAAACAAUUAAAUCAAAUGGAAACUUUAUUCAUACAAUCAAAUGAUAGAAAUUUUGAUUAAAAAUCAACAGACUUAUUUUAAAUAAUCCCUACUUUUUCAAAUUGUAAAGAAAAUUUAAUAUUCCAUGAUAAUGUUGAAUAGUUAAAUCUCUUAAAUUUUUAAUAGGCUAUUAGAAAAAUGAUGGAAUUGUAAUUAUCAACUUAAUUUAUGAUCAAUAAUAUCUUCAAUUUGAUUGAAUAAAAUAAAAAAGAUACUAAAAAGAUAAUGAAUUAAGGACAAUCAAAUAUUAAUAAUGAAAUAUGGAAACAUAAAACAUUUGCUAAAUCAAAUGAUAGAAAAGUAGCAUUUAAUUUUAGUAAAAAUUGUGGUGUUGCUGAGAAUAUUUUACCACUUUAAAAUUUAGUUUUAUCUGGAUUCCUAUUAACAUAACUAUUUUAAGGAUUAAAUCAAUUUGAUUAAAAUAUUAAUGAUUAAAAUAAAGAAGUGGUUGUUUUAUUUAGAAUACAUGAAGGAUUAGAUUUAAGUAUAUCUAUUUAUGAUGAAAAUAUUAACAUUAAACAUUCAAAAUUCAAAAUUGUUAAUGAUUGUUAUUACAUUGAAUUAGAAUAAGAAGUUUUCUUAAAAAAAGGAAUGACUUAUUCAUUAUCCUUAGUCUCUUAAACAAAUGAAGCUUUUAAUUUAUAUAUGUUUGCUGGUAAGAGUGUAAGCUUUGGAGAAAUAAAGUUUCUUAAUAAAGAAACUGAAAAUAUAAACUAAUCUGUUUAAGUUAAAUAAAGUCUUACCCAAUCUUGCAUUCCAGGAAUUGUCAUACAUAGUAGUUGA